UUUUACAGUCUUCGAUUCUCUCUUUCGGAGUUUUUCUCCCUCCUCUGCCGGAACUCGGUCGGCGACGCCGGAGCCCACAUUUGUUCCGGGCAAUUCUCUACUGCAAUCGCUGUGCGCCGUCUCUACCUCUUGGCGAGCUCACUUUUUCUAGAAGAGCAGAUCUGCUGGGCUUUCUGUGUUCAAGAGCGAGAAGAAGGAAGUUGGUUUGCUUAAGAGAGAGGGAGAGGUUGGGAUUGGGCGUGGAAGUGGAUGGUUGUGUACGGAAGAGGUUGGAGUUGUUUAUGAUGACCGGAGCUCCGGCCAGCGAUCGCAGAGGGUGGUGGCGUUUUCGUCAAUUUCUCACAUGGAAUGGCAGAUCUUGCUAAGCAUGGGAAUGCCGACCGUGAUAUCGAACAGGCAUUGGUGGCUUUGAAAAAGGGUGCUCGGUUGCUUAAAUAUGGUCGCAAGGGAAAGCCCAAGUUUUGUCCAUUUCGGCUCUCUAGUGAUGAAUCAUCUUUAGUUUGGAUAUCAAGUGGCGGAGAAAGACGCCUGAAGCUAUCUUCUGUCUCGAGAAUUAUUCCUGGACAAAGAACUGCUGUUUUCCAACGUUUUCUGCGUCCUGAGAAGGAUUAUCUGUCUUUUUCACUUAUUUACAACAACGGAAAGCGAUCCCUUGACCUGAUUUGCAAGGAUAAGGCUGAGGCAGAAGUUUGGAUUGCUGGCCUCAAAUCAUUGCUCUCUUCAGGUCAAGGCGGCCGGUCGAAAAUUGAUGGAUGGAGUGAUGGAGGCCUCUGCCUUGAUGAUAACAGAGAAUUGACUUCAAAUCGGCCAAGUGGAAGUUCAAUUGGUGCUUCCCAAUGUAUUAGCUCUCCUGAAGUUUCUCUGAGUCUUAAUUCAAAUUCUCCUCCGAAGUCCUUUGGUCCUGAGAAUACUUCUAAGUCUGAAAGGUCACAUGCGCCAUCUGAUCCAACGAAUAUGCAAGUGAAAGGAUCUGGUUCAGAUGCUUUUCGUGUUAGUGUUUCAAGUGCCCCAAGUACAUCUAGUCAUGGGUCAGCACCAGAUGAUUGUGAUGCUCUUGGGGAUGUGUACAUAUGGGGAGAGGUAAUCUGUGAGAACAUUGUGAAAAUUGGUGCUGAUAGAAAUGCCAACUAUUUUAGCUCAAGGGCGGAUGUGUUUCUACCUAGACCAUUGGAGUCCAAUGUAGUUUUAGAUGUACAUCAUAUAGCAUGUGGUGUUAAACAUGCUGCUCUAGUCACAAGGCAAGGUGAAAUUUUUACAUGGGGUGAAGAAUCUGGAGGACGCCUUGGCCAUGGUGUUGAGAAGAAUGUGCUUCAACCCCAUUUAGUUGAAGCAUUGGCUUCUACAACUGUUGAUUUUGUUGCCUGUGGGGAGUUCCAUACUUGUGCUGUUACAAUGGCUGGGGAAUUAUAUACCUGGGGUGAUGGUACUCACAAUGCCGGUCUUCUUGGUCAUGGCACUGAUAUUAGUCAUUGGAUACCAAAGAGAAUUGCGGGUCCACUGGAGGGACUUCAGGUUUCUUUAGUCUCUUGUGGUCCAUGGCACACAGCCUUGGUAACUUCAAGCGGUCAGCUUUUUACAUUUGGUGAUGGAACUUUUGGUGUCUUGGGCCAUGGAGAUAGGGAAAAUUUUUCUUAUCCUAGAGAAGUAGAAUCCUUAUCUGGGCUGAGGACAAUAGCUGUUGCAUGUGGUGUGUGGCAUACUGCAGCUGUGGUAGAAGUUAUAGUCACACAAUCCAGUGCUAGUGUAUCAUCAGGUAAAUUGUUUACUUGGGGUGAUGGAGACAAAAAUCGCCUUGGACAUGGGGACAAGGAAGCCCGGCUGAAGCCAACUUGUGUGCCAUCUCUUAUUGACUACAAUUUUUAUAAAAUUGCUUGUGGACACAGCUUGACUGUUGGCUUGACGACAUCUGGACAUGUUUUUACAAUGGGUAGCACUGUUUAUGGUCAGCUUGGGAAUCCCCAGUCUGAUGGAAAGGUGCCUUGCUUGGUUGAAGACAAGCUUGCUGGAGAAUCUGUUGAAGAAAUUGCAUGUGGUGCAUAUCAUGUUGCAGUUUUAACAUCUAAAAAUGAAGUUUAUACAUGGGGAAAGGGUGCAAACGGGAGGUUGGGUCAUGGAGAUAUUGAAGACAGAAAAUUACCAACUUUGGUUGAAGCUUUGAAGGAUAGGCAUGUGAAAUAUAUUGCAUGUGGUUCAAACUACUCUGCUGCAAUAUGCCUUCAUAAAUGGGUAUCAGGUGCGGAACAGUCUCAGUGCUCUGCUUGUAGACAAGCAUUUGGAUUCACUCGAAAGAGGCACAAUUGUUAUAAUUGUGGACUCGUACACUGCCAUUCAUGUAGUUCAAGGAAAGCACUAAGAGCAGCUUUGGCUCCUAAUCCUGGCAAGCCAUAUCGAGUUUGUGAUUCUUGUUAUGCAAAGCUAAGCAAGGUAGCAGAAGCUGGCAGUAAUAAUAGGAAGAAUGUUAUGCCUCGUUUGUCUGGUGAAAACAAGGACAGGUUAGAUAAAUCUGAGAUAAGAGCCUCCAAGGUGGUUCCUUCUAAUAUGGAUUUGAUAAAGCAGCUAGAUAGUAAAGCAGCCAAACAGGGGAAGAAGGCUGACACAUUUGCCCUAGUUCGUACCUUACAAGCACCUUCAAUGCUGCAACUGAAGGAUGUGGUCUUGUCUACUGCUGCUGAUCUGAGACAAACAGCUCCAAGACCAGUUCUUGCACCAUCUGGAGUAAGUUCCAGAUCUGUGUCCCCUUUCUCUAGACGGCCAAGCCCCCCUCGUUCUGCUACACCGAUUCCAACCACAUCUGGUCUUUCUUUCUCCAAAGGCAUUGCUGACAGUUUAAAGAAGACAAAUGAACUUUUAAAUCAAGAAGUGGUGAAGCUACGUUCUCAGGUUGAGAGCCUGAGGGAAAGAUGUGAACGACAAGAUCUGGAGCUUCAAAGAUCAGCAAGGAAAACUCAGGAAGCUAUGGCACUCGCUGCUGAGGAGUCUGCUAAAUGUAAAGCCGCAAAAGAAGUUAUAAAGUCACUUACAGCACAGCUCAAAGAUCUGGCUGAGAGGCUCCCACCUGGAGCUAAUGAUGCUGAGAGCAUAAGACCAUCUUACCUACCAAAUGGUUUGGAGGUAAAUGGCAUCCUCUAUCCUGACUCAAACGGAGAGCGCCACUGCCGAGCUGAGUCGAUCAGUUCCUCUAGCUUGGCCUCUGUAGGACUUGAAUCAUCUCUGUCAAAUAGUCUUGAGGGAAAUUUAUGUGGAGCGUAUGGAACUAAUCCUUACCAGCAAAAUCGGCAGCUUGUGACCUCCAAUGGGUCCAAUGAACUCUCAGACGGUAAAUUGCCAAAUGGCGGCAUGACUCCCACAAGCAACAAUAUGUCAGAUACCAUUGCUAGUAGGGAUUCAGGACAUUCACAAGAUGGAGAGGGUGGCUUGAGAUCAAAGGAUGGCGUGCCGGCUGUGAACAGUAAUCAAAUUGAGGCAGAAUGGAUUGAACAGUAUGAACCUGGUGUGUAUAUAACACUCAUGGCCCUUAAGGAUGGAACACGAGAUCUGAAACGAGUGCGCUUCAGCCGGAGAAGAUUUGGAGAGCAUCAAGCAGAGACAUGGUGGUCAGAGAAUCGUGAGAAGGUAUAUGAAAGAUACAAUGUUCGCAGCACUGACAAAUCUUCGGGCCAAGCAACUCGGAAAGCAGAAGGCGUUGCUUCACCUGUUGCCCAAUCUUAGGAAAAUACAUGGAUGGUAGUUCUCUAACACAUUUUGUUACAGAGCAUGAUUUUAGCGAGGCGAGGAUCAAUGUGAAGGAAGCAGGCAUCCUUCUUUUUGCCCUUUCUCUUUAAUCCUAAAUUAAUGAUCUUCCAUUUAAUCCGGGCAUAUGCCAUUCGCUUAUCUUUUGUAAUGUAGUGUAUAUAAAAGAUAUCCAAGAUAAUCUUGGCU